AUUCCAUCUUGCAUGUCUGUUCUGCAGAACGGUAGGCAGUUGUUUUCUGUCGGGCUUCUCUUACACCGAAGUGCGUGCCUCCAACUCAUGGAAGACUUGAUGGACAUAGACAUGAGCCCUCUUAGGCCUCUGAACUACCUUUUCGGUUGUGAACUAAAGGCUGACAAAGACUGUCCCUUUAAAGUGGAUAAUGAUGAAAAUGAGCACCAGUUAUCAUUAAGAAUGGUCAGUUUAGGAGCAGGGGCAAAAGAUGAGUUAUACACAGUAGAGGCAGAAGCAAUGAACUAUGAAGGCAGCCCAAUUAAAGUGACACUGGCAACUUUGAAAAUGUCUGUACAACUAACAGUUUCCCUUGGGGGCUUCGAAAUUACACUACCUUUGCUCUUAAGGUUGAAGUGUGGUUCAGGGCCUGUGCACAUUAGUGGACAGCACCUAGUAGCUGGAGAGGAAGAUGCAGAGUUAGAUGAAUAUGAGGAAGAUGUAAAACUGUUAGGCAUGUCUGGAAAGAGAUCUGCUCCUGGAGGUGAUAACAAGGUCCCACAGAGAAAAGUAAAACUUGAUGAAGAUGAUGAUGAGGAUGAUGAAGAUGAUGAGGACAAUGAAGAAGAUGAUGAUUUUGAUGAAGAGGAAACUGAAGAAAAGGUUACAGUGAAGAAAUCUGUACAAGAUACCCCAGACAAAAAUGCACAAAACUCAAACCAAAAUGGAAAAGACUUAAAACCAUCAAUACCAAGAUCAAAGGGUCAACAGUCCUUCAAAAAACAGGAAAAAACUCCCAAAACACCAAAAGGACCUAGGUCUGUAGAAGACAUUAGGGCAAAAGUGCAAGCAAGUAUACAAAAAAGGGGUUCUCUUCCCAAAGUAGAAGCCAAGUUCAUUAAUUAUGUGAAGAAUUACUUCCGGGUGACUGACCAGGAGGCUAUUCAAGACCAGUGGAGAAAGUCUCUUUAA